GGCGGUGGUACUCAAGGUCCCGAGGGUAGAGGGGAUUUCCCGCAUGUCCGCAGAUAUACCGCUGCGGAACGUCCUCCGGCAUGCAGUCGUGUCUCGGAGCCGGGCGCAGAAGGUGUUAAGUACGAUAACUGUGUGAAACGACACAACCGAUGGACACAGAAGAGUUCAGACAGCGAGGGAAGGAGAUGGUGGACUACAUGUGUGAGUACAUGGAGACUGUGGCCAGCCGCCCCGUCAUCUCCACCGUCCAACCCAACUACCUUCGAGGCCUUCUUCCUCGAGAAGCGCCUACGGACCCGGAGCCCUGGGAAGAUGUCAUGGCCGAUGUUGAAAACAAGAUAAUGCCAGGAAUCACUCAUUGGCAGCACCCCCGGUUUCAUGCGUACUUCCCGGCCGGCAAUUCCUACCCUUCCAUACUCGGCGACAUGCUGUCGGACAUCAUCGCCUGCGUCGGCUUCUCCUGGGCGGCCAGCCCCGCCUGCACGGAGUUGGAGACCAUCGUCCUGGACUGGUUCGGGAAAGCUAUUGGUCUGCCCCAAACAUUCCUAUCCGACAGUAAAGGUGGGGGUGUAAUACAGGGAUCAGCCAGUGAGUGUAUAUUAGUCUGCAUGUUGGCGGCUCGUGCCCAAGCGCUUCGCAGACUCCACGAAGAAGAUCCUUCAAUUUCCGAGGUUGGCCAUCUGCCAAAGCUCGUCGCUUACUGUAGCCGUGAGGCCCACUCUUGUGUCGAGAAAGCUGCUAUGAUCUCUCUUGUCCAGCUGAGGAUACUGGAGCCUGACGCUGACAACAGUCUACGAGGGGAGAUCCUCAGGAAGGCAAUAGAAGAGGAUGAGGCAAAAGGUUUCGUUCCUUUUUUUGUGUCAGCCAUAAUGGGGUCCACAGGGUCAUGUUCCUUCGACAACCUUGUUGAACUCGGACCUGUAGCAAAGAAGCAUGGCUGUUGGAUGCACGUAGACGCAGCGUAUGCAGGCUCCGCCUUCAUCUGUCCGGAGUUCCAACAUCUUCUCAAUGGAAUUGAAGUGGUCGACAGCUUCAACACAAACCCCAACAAGUGGCUGCUGAUAAACUUUGACUGCUCGUGUCUGUGGGUGAAGGAGAGGAAAAAACUUAUCGGUGCCCUUAAUGUCGACCCCUUAUACCUGAAGCACGAACAUGAAGACGAAGUGUUUGACUACCGCCACUGGUGCAUCCCUCUGAGUCGGAGAUUCAGGUCGCUCAAGAUGUGGUUUGUCUUCCGUUCCUACGGCAUCUCAGGAUUGCAGCAAUAUAUACGCAACCAUGUCAGGCUGGCUCAGCUCUUUGAGAACCACGUGUUGAAGGACAAACGAUUUGAGAUCCUCAAUGACGUUCGGAUGGGCCUAGUGUGCUUCCGACUACGCAGUGAAGGCGACAAACUAACAGCUGACCUCCUGGCUAACAUAAACCACUCUGGAAAGAUUCAUAUGAUUCCUGCCAGGAUCAAGGGAAAGUACAUCAUUCGUUUCUCUGUCAAUGCCCAGCACGCAACAGAAAAAGACAUUGACUAUGCCUGGUCGGUGAUCACGGAGUACGCAACUGAGGUACUAACAUCGCCUGACAUUUCACCUCGUAUCCUCUGUCGUAUCCCAUCGACACCAGAAGGCCGCAAGCUGCGACGACAGUUCUCCUUCACCCGUUCUGUGUCACAUGACAUGUUCAAGCGAUCAGCAAGCAGCCUCUACGAUGGAGCGACACCCAUCAUCAUCCCCGACGAGGACGAAGACACCAACAUCUUCGACGAGGUAUUUGAGAAUGCCAUCAACGCCAAGGAAGAAGAAAAUAACAACUGAAUCCCACCCAACUGGAACUCCCUUUCCUCCGUAUUUGAUACUUUUGUACUCCUCUAUUUAUUGUUAGAUAUGUACAUUUCCUCUUUAUUAAGUGAUAAGUACGUCUUUGUAAACAGGGUUUUUCAUGGUUGUUGUCAAUGUUUAUGCCGUUCCUCGCAUGUCCAAGAGCUGGGACUCUAGGAGCCUGUUAGGGUUACAUUAGAAUGUUUCGUGUUUUUUUUAUUGUAAAUGUAUCUUUUUUAAGAUUGUGUUUAGUUUGAUCAAUGCAGUAUUGUACAGUAUGUGUUUUGAGUAAUAAUGUAUUUUGAAACAAUAUAUGUGAACAAUU